CAUGUCGUCUGGCGGGCCGCAGCUGCCUCUUUGCGCCUUUGCGUGCCUUGUCAACGCCAUCUCAAGGUCGUCUUGCGCCUCCAGUGACCAGCACUGUAUUUGCACUAAUGCGGCCCUCAACAGUGAUGCUUCAUCAUGCAUCGCUUCGGCAUGUAGCAUCACUGAUAUGCUCAGUGAGUUGCAGUUGCCCAGAACACGGAUGUGGUUUCGAGAGUCUCGUCGGCCACUGAUAGCCUCCGCCAGCGGCCAAGAACAUAACCGCGACAACAUGCGGCAUUGCCACCCAUUCCAGCAAAUCAUUCAUGACCGUCGAAACCGUCUUCACGGCCAUUGCGACAUUUGCCGUGCUGCUGAGAUUCCUCGCCAAGUGUUUUGGGAAUAUGAAGCUGUGGUGGGACGACCCAUUGAUCAUUGUAGCUCUGCUGGCUAGUAUCGCUUACACGGCCCUCGGUUGGUUUUUGGCAAAUAUCGGGUUCGGGAGCGAUAUUUGGACGGUACACGCCGAGGACAUCCCGACAGUUCUCAAGGGCUUCUAUACCGGCUUCAUCAUUUAUGGCUUCACGCGUUUCUUUGUCCGCACGUCCAUUCUGCUCUUCUACCUUCGCAUCUUCAGCGUCCCCCUCGCAAGACCUCUGAUCAUCGCGUCGCUAGCUCUCGAUACCGCGAUAGCUAUCGUGGUCGUCACUACAGUUUCCUUUCAGUGCACACCGGUCAGCUACUACUGGACUCGGUACGAAGACGGGGAGCACGCUGGCUUCUGCGUCAGCCGUCUCGCUAUCACAUGGACCGCUGCGAUUCUCAGUAUCGCAUUUGACCUGUGGAUCAUCUUGCUUCCUCUGCCGUUUGUGGUACGGCUCAAGCUCUCUUGGCAGAAGAGAAUUGUCGUGUCGAUAAUGUUUGCCGUGGGCGUCUGCGUCCUCAUAAUCAGUUUCAUCAGGCUGCCUACCAUUAGCCAGUUCAUAAACUCGACCAACCAGACCGUCGACACGGUCCCGCUCGCGAUGUGGACAGGGGUGGAGAUGAAUGUAGCAAUCAUUUGCGCGUGCCUGCCCAGCCUGCGGGUGCUUCUGGGUCCGGCGCUGGGGCGAUGGGUCGACACGGGUAAGAGUGUCUUGCGGCGCGGCGGCCGCGGACGCGACUCGAGGGCAUUGGGCGCCAACAGCUGGGAAGUUAAGCGCCACCACUACCACCUGUCGACGCCCGGCUCGAGCUCCGAGGUUCAGACCGCCCAGGCGAGCGACAGCGAGACGACGUCCAAGAUCAGGAUGACCACCACCACCCUCCAGACGGCAUCGUCGUUACCCGCGUCCAGAAGCGAGCUUCUCCUGGACGACUUGCGAGCGCCGGGCGCCGUGAAGCAGGGGUUUGUGAAUUCUCAGGCCUGGGCCGAGUGAAUCGCGGUCUGUGACCCGAUGGUUGUGGUUUUAUUUGUUAUGCUCUUUGGUCUUGCUCAUGUCACGUAAUUCAAGCUCUGUCCUACCGCCUAGUAUCCAUGACUGCGU